UCUAAAUAAUAUUCCAUCACAAGAAUAACAAAAUAUUCUUGAAUAUUAACCAUUAUCAACUAGUUAUUUACCUGAUCAGGGCUAUAUCAAUAAUAUCUUGAUUUAUUUACGCAUCGCACACCUCAAAGUACUUAAAAUACCUCCCUCAAGGGCAUAGAUUGUUCUAGGAUCAAAUUAUUCGAUUGUUUGAUUUUUAUCUUUGGUUAUGGCCCAACCACCAUCCAGAAGCAUCAUAAUGAUGAUAAUCAACAACUUUAUCAACUCAAUCAAACCGCGACAAAUCCGCGGAACGCUCAUUGGCAAGGAUUAUUUUGGCAAUAAAUACUACGAAAUACCUGCAGAUCCAAGCAUCGGCAAACGCCGCACUAACAGAUGGUUUGAACCCACAAUGAAAGACAAUUUUGAUCAAGAAAUGCCAGCAGAAUGGGAGGCAUGGCUGAGAGGACGGCGCAAGUUGCCUCCCAGUGAGGAUGAGGUCAUGAAAAGCGUUGCGUUGAUGGAAAUGAAGAAGCAUAAUGCCAUUGAGGUGGAUGCCAAGGGUGGCAAGAUGACUCCAAUGGCAAAAGGCAUGGAAACAUUUCCACAUAGACCUGACUAUGAAAGAAUACCUGGAAAAGGUAAGUAAAUAUUAGAAAAAAAUGUAAAUUACUAAGGGGAAUUUCGAAAAUGAUGAAAAUGUUAAUAAUUUAUACAAUUAAAUGUUAAAAUUUUUAUGAUAUUCUGUUAUACAACGCAGUUUCGUUGAUUUUUUCCAUUUUUUAAAAAUAAUUUAUCUUUUUUGUAUGAUUUUCACUGAAAUUAUAAAGAAAACAAUAGUUUUAUCUUUAAAUUUUGAGGUGUUUAAGUGAAAACUAAAGAUUUUAUUAUGAAAAUCUUUAAAUUUCAUCCAAAAAGUUCAAAAACAAAAAAAUCUCCCCUUGAAAUUCUAGUACAACUAUAAAAUUACAAUAAAUAUCGUUGUAAGUCCUUGUAAAUAGUAAAUAAAAGCCUUACUUUAUAUAUAAAGCUUUUAUUGUUGUUUUUAACAAAAGUUUGCGUUUGUUCCGAAGACAAAAACAAAAACAUUUCGACUCUGUAGAGGAAUCAACUCAAACUCACCAGUUGUGGGGUUUUACAAGAUGCACCAGAGACGCACAAAUAAAUGCAAACGUAAAAAUAUCGUCUUUUCAUUUUGUUCAGCAAAUGCUAAUCAACAGAAAAAAAAACCUGCGUUCAACGUUCGAAAUCGUUUCAAUUUCAAGGACUCUCCCAAUAUCUGCUGCGUUUAUCAACAGGAAUUUGAAUAAGUUUUACGUGAAACGAGAAAGCAAUGUUCAAGGUUGCGGCAUUUUCAGUUAAAACCAAACUUACAACAGAUAACUGUAAAGAGCACGAACCUUCAUGAAUUCAUGAACAAAUUUCAUUCAUAUAUUCAUAAUUCCGAUUGAUUCAAGGCCCGCUUACGUAAUCGCACAAUGCGCACUUCAAACAUCGCUUAUCAUUGGGAGAAUUCGUGUCGGCGACGUCCGUGACGAGACCAAAUUGAUGGUUUAUUUAUUUGUGCGAGCAUAAAAUCCGCCAUCUCAUCCUGCGCAGCGCUAGGAAACUGAUUUCGAACAUCAAAUUACAUAAAAUAUCAACGUGUUCGACGAAAUUCCAUCACUUCAAUCAUCGUACAAUUAUCAAGUUUUCUCGUUUUUAUCGUGUUUAAAUGUUAAAUUUUUCAAAGUUUAGAGUUACUUAUCGGCUUAUUAUACCCUUUACAAUCAAUAAAUAAGUUUUGUUUUUGUAUAUAUCUGUGUUACUGUCACGUUCUUGUCAUUCUUCCAUAACUUUUGGCUGUUGGCUGCAUCGUUUUUAAAU